AUGGCUGUUCCUAUACUUCUCCUCCUCCUCUUCUUCUCCAUCCCCUUCUCCGAAUCUAAGCUCGACGAAGACUACUACAAGCAAACAUGUCCAGACUUCCAGAAAAUUGUAAGAGAAACCGUGACCCUAAAGCAAGCCGCCCAACCCGCCACCGCUGCCGGCACUCUCCGCCUCUUCUUCCACGACUGCAUGGUCGAGGGAUGCGACGCCUCCGUCUUCAUCGCCUCCAACCAUGUCAACAAAGCUGAGCGCGACGCCGACAUCAACCAAUCCCUGUCAGGUGACGCCUUUGAGGUGGUCGUCCGUGCGAAGACUGCGCUCGAGCUCACCUGCCCGGGAAUUGUGUCGUGCGCGGACAUUCUCGCGGAGGCCACCCGUGACCUCGUCACAAUGGUCGGCGGGCCUUUCUACCCCGUCAAAUUAGGACGAAGAGAUGGACAGGUGUCCUUAGCGUCCAAGGUUGAUGCAAACUUGCCAAAAACAAACCAAACCAUGGAUGAGAUUAUCAAGCUAUUUGCUGACAAAGGUUUCACAAUCGAAGAAAUGGUGGCUUUGACAGGUGGACACACAAUUGGGUUUUCUCAUUGCAAAGAGUUCACCGAUAGGCUUUUCCAUUACAGCCCGACUACACCAACAGACCCAGUAAUCAACCCAAGAUUCGCCGAAGGGUUGAAGAAGACUUGUGCUAAUUACACAACUAACCCUGCCAUGUCUGCCUUCAACGACGUCAUCACACCGGGCAAGUUUGACAACAUAUAUUAUCAGAAUUUGAAGAGGGGGUUGGGGCUGUUGUCUUCAGACCAUGCACUUGUCAAGGACCCAAGAACACUGCCUUUGGUGGAGUUGUACUCUAAGAACCAGGAAGCGUUUUUCAAGGCUUUCGCUCACGCAAUGGAGAAGCUUGGCCAUCAUGAGAUCAAGACCGGACAACAGGGUGAGGUGAGGCGGAGGUGUGACGCGUUUAACACGAUUCAGGCUUAG